UCCGUGUUUUGGUGUUCGCCGWGUUUGGCGUGCGUGUGUCGCGUUUGUUACGGUGUUUCAUUUGUGUGGUGCAUAUUAUUGUUUUUCUUCAUAAUAUAAUUAAUUUAUAUUGUGUGUUUUCCAACUUUAAGAACACUGUCGGAUUAUUGGUUUGUGUCGAAAAAUAAACUUGUGAUCAAAGUUUGCCAGCUCGGCUCGAGUGGCGUGCAGAGUCCUUAAGAUGGGGUCUUGCGGAAAGCUUCUGCUGGCCCUUAUCUUUACGUUCGCCACAAAGGUCUUGUGCGAAGAUGAUACAACCAUGGGACCAAUGUUCAUCAAAGAACCCGAGAAYAGAGUAGAUUUUUCAAAUACUACUGGAGCUAUUGUUGAGUGUACUGCUAGAGGGAGUCCAAGGCCUGAAAUUAUUUGGAUACGUGCUGAUGGUACUGCUGUCGGAGACGUGCCUGGUUUACGACAAGUCAAAGGAGAUGGAAAUUUGGUAUUUCCACCUUUUCGAGCAGAAGAUUAUAAGCAAGAAGUACAUGCUCAAGUUUAUAUAUGUAUGGCUAAGAAUCGUGUCGGUGUAAUACAUUCUAGAGAUGUAAAUGUUCGAGCUGUUGUAUUGCAAAAUUAUAUUACUGGAGCUGAAGAUGAAUAUGUAAUACUUGGUAACACUGCAGUUAUUAAAUGCAAAGUGCCUAGUUUUGUAACAGAUUUCGUUUUAAUUGAAUCUUGGAUAUCUUCUGAUGGUCAAGAAUACCGCCAUUUAAAUGAUAGAUAUGUUGUGAAUCAGAACUAUGAGUCCGAAUUGAUGCCUACAGAAUAUGUAAUACGAGGAAACUCGGCUAUACUUAAAUGUAGUGUACCGUCGUUUGUAGCCGAUUUUAUUACUGUCGAAUCUUGGGUAACGAGUGAAGGUCAAACGUUUACUAGAGAUUCAACUGAAAAUGGUAAAUAUUUGGUUUUGCCUUCUGGUGAAUUACAUAUUCGUGAUGUCACACCAGAAGAUGGGACUAAGUCUUAUCAAUGCCGAACUAAACAUAGAUUAACUGGAGAAACAAGGCUUAGUGCUACUAAAGGAAGAUUAGUUAUUACAGAUCCCCAAACAAGUAUUUCACCAAAAAUUAAAAAAGAAGAACUUGCCAUUUUAAUUGGAAAACCAUUUUUGAUUGAAACUCAUAUAACAAUGGUKUGUUCAGCUCAGGGAUUCCCUGUUCCUUAUUUUCGAUGGUACAAGUUUAUUGAAGGAUCAAACAAAAAGCAAGCCGUGAUAUUGGAUGAUAGAAUUAAACAAGUUUCUGGAACAUUGAUAAUACGAGAAGCUAAGGUAGAUGAUUCAGGCAAAUAUUUGUGUGUUGUCAAUAACUCUGUUGGUGGUGAAAGUGUAGAAACUGUACUGACAGUUACAGCUCCAUUAAAUGCAAUUGUUGAACCUACCAUUCAAACUGUGGAUUUUGGACGACCUGCUACUCUGACUUGCAAUUAUGAAGGGAAUCCAGUAAAAACUAUUUCUUGGUUAAAGGAUGGUAAACGGUUGAGUUCUCAUGAUGGAAGAGUAUUAAGAAUUGAUUCUGUACGCAAGGAAGAUAAAGGAAUGUAUCAGUGCUUUGUAAGGAAUGAACAAGAGAGUGCUCAAGGAAGUGCUGAACUCAAAUUAGGAGGAAGAUUUGAGCCACCCCAUAUCAAAGAAUAUUUUAAUGAUAACACUAUGCAGCCAGGAGUCUCUUUGCACUUAAAAUGUAUUGCAUCAGGAAAUCCCACUCCUGAAAUUAACUGGGAAUUAGAUUCCAAACGACUUAGCAGCACAGAAAGGCUUCGUAUUGGGCAACAUAUWACAAUGGCAGGAGAAGUAGUUUCGUAUCUCAAUAUCUCAUCAGUUCACACUAAUGAUGGAGGUCACUAUAGAUGUGUAGCCGUAUCUAAAGUUGGUACUGCUGAACAUACUGCACAUCUCAAUGUUUACGGUCUUCCUUUUAUUAGACCGAUGGAUAAGAAAAAUAUAGUGUCAGGAGAGAACCUUUUUGUUACUUGCCCAGUUGCUGGAUACCCAUUGGAAUCGAUCACUUGGGAAAGAGAUAAUCGACAGCUUCCUAUUAACCGUAAACAAAAAGUAUUCCCAAAUGGCACUUUGAUUAUUGAAAAUGUUGAAAGAUCUUCAGAUCAGGCUACUUAUACAUGUGUUGCUCGAAAUGCCCAAGGACAUACUGCUAAAGGAAAUCUAGAAGUGCAAGUGAUGGUUGCCCCCCGAAUAGAGCCGUUCAGUUUCGGCGAUCCCGUGUACGACGGACAGUCGACGCAGGUAACGUGCUUCGUUUCGGAGGGCGAUCCGCCGUUAGACUUGUUCUGGACGUUCAGCGGCCGCGCCGGCCCGGCCGCCUCAUCGCUCCGAGGCGGCGUUUCCGUUAACAAAAUGGGAACCAAGGUGUCCAUGCUUUACAUCGACGCCGCCUCGUCGUCCCGUCACGCCGGCAACUAUACGUGCGUCGCCCGCAACCGGGCCGGUCGCGCUGACCGCACGGCCACGUUAAACGUCCACGUUCCUCCCAGGUGGAUACUUGAACCUAMUGAYAAAGCCUUUGCACAAGGUGGUGAUGCAAAAAUUGAAUGUAAAGCUGAUGGRUUCCCUAAGCCUCAAGUGACAUGGAAAAAAGCUAUUGGUAAUUCUCCGGGAGAUUAUAAGGACAUUAAAGAUUUAAAACCAGGCAGUGAUGACAUUAAAGUUGAUGAAGGAACUUUAUCUAUCCAUAAUAUUCAAAAAAAUCAUGAAGGCCACUACUUGUGUGAAGCGGUUAACGGAAUUGGUUCUGGACUGUCUGCAGUGAUCACUAUCAGUGUACAAGCUCCACCACAUUUUGAGAUAAAGGCAAGAAAUCAAACUUCUGAAAAGGGACAGCCUGCUGUUUUGGAAUGUAUGGCAAAAGGAGAAAAACCUAUUGGAAUUGUUUGGAAUAUGAAUAACAAACGACUAGAUGCUAAGGAAGAAGAAAGGUACACAAUACGUGAAGAAAUAUUAACAGAUGGAGUAAAAUCGGAYCUAAGCAUCAAAAGAUCUGAACGAAUUGAUACUGCUGUUUUCACAUGUGUCGCUACUAAUUCAUUUGGAAGUGAUGAUUCAAGUGUUCAACUUAUUGUUCAAGAGGUUCCUGAGGUCCCUUUUGGAUUAAAAGUAUUGGAUAAGUCAGGCCGAACCGUUCAACUGUCUUGGUUAGCUCCUUAUGAUGGCAAUUCCCCUAUCACACGUUACAUUGUUGAAUACAAAUUAUUGAAAAACACAUGGGAAACAGAUAUUGAAAAAGUUGAAGCUACAGGAGAUAAGACUGAAAUGAGUGUAGUCAGUCUUCAUCCAGCUACAACAUACCAUUUUAGAAUAGUUGCGGAAAAUGGAGUUGGUCUUUCUAAACCUUCUGAUCCUGUUACCAUAAUUACGUCAGAAGAAGCUCCUGGUGGAAAGCCAACUAACAUUCACGUUGAUCCUAUUGAUGAAAAUACUUUAAAAGUAAUGUGGAAAGCUCCUGAACGUAGUGAUUGGAAUGGUGAAAUUCAAGGAUAUUAUGUUGGAUAUAAACAAUCGUCAUUAGUUGAUAACAAAUUUGUCUUUGAAACCGUCGAGUUCAGUAAAGAAGAAGGAAAAGAACAUUAUUUGGAAAUAUUCAAUCUAAAAACAUAUACUCAGUAUACAAUAGUAGUGCAAGCUUUUAACAAAYUGGGUGCUGGACCAAUGUCUGAUGAGAUUAAACAAUACACUUCUGAAGGUGUACCAGAACAACCACCACAUGAUACAACAUGUACAACUUUGACUUCUCAAACUAUUAGAAUUUCUUGGGUAUCACCGCCUCUAAGUACAGCUAAUGGAGUUAUUAAAGGUUACAAAGUAAUCUAUGGACCUAGUGAUUCUUGGUUUAAUGAAAGUACAAAAGACACAAAGAUAACAGUGUCAAGUGAAACUAUUUUACAUGGUCUUAAGAAGUUUACAAAUUACAGUAUGGAAGUUUUAGCGUUCACUGCUGGUGGAGAUGGUGUCCGUGCUCCUAGAAUAUAUUGUCAAACUGAACAAGAUGUUCCUGAAGCACCAGCCGCUCUCAAAGCUUUGGUUAUGUCUACAGAGUCGGUUUUAGUUAGUUGGAAACCUCCAGCAGAGCCUAAUGGAGAUGUCAAUCAGUACACUGUUUACAUUAAACCAAGUGGUGAUAAUAAAGAUAAAGAACCAUUGGCACAUAAAGUUGCUCCAAAUCAAAUGAGUUUUGAAGCAUCUGGUCUUAUUAAGCAAGAUCCUUAUGAAUUUUGGGUUACAGCAUCUACAAAUAUUGGUGAAGGACAACCUACCAAAUCAAUUGUCAUUGCACCUAGUACUCGAGUUCCCGCAAUGAUUGCAUCUUUUGAUGAUUCAUUUGUCGCAACAUACCGUGAAGAUGUAAAACUUCCAUGUUUAACUGUGGGUGUACCAGCCCCAGAAAUUUCAUGGAAAGUUAAAGGUGCACCCCUUGAGAGCAAUGAUCGUAUUCGUCAGCUACCAGAAGGUUCYCUAUUAAUUAGAUCCGUCACUAGAACUGAUGCUGGAGAAUAUUCCUGCUUUGUAGAAAAUUCAUUUGGAAAAGAUAAAAUCACACAUCACAUUGUUGUCUUAGCGCCACCUCACAAACCAGAAGUAUCUGUUGGAGCAACAACAUCCAAUACAAUAACAUUAAAUCUUAAACCUCAUGCUGCUGAUAAAGAACCUAUUCAUGGAUAUACAAUCAAAUAUAAACCAGAAUUUGGUGAUUGGCAAACAGCUCAAGUAGCAGCAAAGGCUGAUAAAUUUACAUUAGAAAAUUUAUGGUGUGGUUCACGRUAUCAAAUAGCUGUAACUGCAUAUAACUUAAUCGGCACAGGUGAUGAAUCAGAUUUAUUGAAUACAAAAACCACAGGUUCAAAACCUAAAAUUCCAGAAGCAAGUAAAUUUAUUGAAGUAUCAGCAACAAGUGUAACACUACAUUUAAAUGCUUGGUUGGAUGGUGGUUGUCCGAUGCUAUACUUUGUAGUGGAACAUAAAAAAAAAUUGCAAUCAGAAUGGACUCAAGUUUCAAAUAAUGUAAGACCUGGAGGAAAUUUUGUAGUACUUGAUUUAGAUCCUGCCUCAUGGUAUCAUUUAAGAGUAACUGCUCAUAAUAAUGCUGGAUUUUCUGUGGCUGAAUAUGAAUUUGCAUCACUAACAUUAAGUGGAGGUACUAUUGCUCCCCCUGCACAAGAUGUCACAUCUAUUUAUACAUACUUACCAUGGAUACCAAAAUGGAUUGAUUUAAAUGUUGUGGUGCCGACUGCUGCAACAAUUAUUGUCAUUAUUGUUGGUAUAAUUGUGGUUUGUUUUGCUUGGUCUCGUAGAGUUCAUGAAAAUGGACAAACUAGAUUGAGAGAUGAUAUGACUGUUUAUAAUCAAUCAAUGAUUAUGGGAGGCAACACACUUGACAAGAGACACGCAGAUUUCAAUGACGAACUUGGUUACAUAGCACCUCCCAAUCGCAAACUUCCGCCUGUCCCUGGUUCCAAUUACAAUACAUGUGACAGGAUUAAAAGAGGUACAUUGUUGUAG